UCCAGCUGCCUCCUCUCUCUCUCUCUCUCUCUCUCUGCCCAGCCAGCUCCAGCUCAUCCAUGGCGGGGGCGGCGGACAAGGCGGUGGAGCGCCUCGCCCAGCGGCUGGUGCUGCCGGCGGGGCCCACGCCGGCGGGGCCGCUCCGCCUGUCCUGGCUCGACCGCUACCCCACGCAGAUGGCGCUCAUCGAGUCGCUGCACGUCUUCAAGCCCGACCCGGCCAGGGACGGCCUCGGCCUCAGCCCGCCGCGGGUCAUCGAGGCGGCGCUCGCCGCGGCGCUCGUCGAGUACUAUCCGCUCGCCGGGAGGCUGGCUGUGUCCGAGGAAUCCGGCGAGCUGCAGGUGGACUGCGGUGGUGGUGGGGUGUGGUUCAUCGAGGCGGCUGUUCGGUGCCGGCUCGAGGACGUGGAUUACCUCGAGUACCCUCUCGCCAUCUCCAAGGACGAGCUGCUCCCCCACCCGCGCCCCAGGCCUAGCCGCGACGAGGAGGACAAGCUCAUCCUGCUCGUCCAGGUGACGACGUUCGCGUGCGGCGGCUUCGUGGUGGGGUUCCGGUUCAGCCACGCGGUGGCGGACGGGCCGGGCGCGGCGCAGUUCAUGGGCGCCGUCGGUGAGCUCGCCCGCGGCGGCGGCCGCAUCACGGUGGCGCCGGCGUGGGGGCGCGGCGCGGUCCCGGACCCGGCCGGCGCGGCGGUCGGCGCCCUCCCGGAGCCCGACGGCGCGGCGAGGCUCGAGUACCUCGCCAUCGACAUCUCCGCCGACUACAUCGACCACUUCAAGUCCCGGUUCGCGGCGGCCACCGGCGGCGCGCGCUGCUCCGCCUUCGAGGUGCUCAUCGCCAAGGCGUGGCAGAGCCGCACCCGUGCGGCCGGGUUCGACCCGGCCACCCCAGUCAACCUCUCCUUCGCCAUGAACGCCCGCCCGCUCCUCCACUCCCGCCUCCCCCGCGGCGGCGCCGGCUUCUACGGCAACUGCUACUACAUCAUGCGGGUCGCCUCCACCGCCGGGAAGGUCGCGACAGCCACCGUGACCGACGUCGUCAAGAUGAUCAAGGAGGGCAAGAAGCGGCUCCCGUCGGAGUUCGCCCGGUGGGCCGCCGGAGAGAUGGCCGGAGUUGACCCGUACCAGAUCACCUCCGACUACCGCACCCUGCUCGUCUCCGACUGGACGCGCCUCGGCUUCGCUGAGGUGGACUACGGGUGGGGCCCGCCCGCCCACGUGGUCCCCCUCACCAACCUGGACUACAUCGCCACGUGUAUCCUCGUCAAGCCCUGGGCCCACAAGCCAGGGGCACGCCUCAUCACCCAGUGCGUCACCGCCGACCGCGUCACCGCCUUCCACGACGCCAUGCUGGACAUCAACUAAUCCGCCCCCCCCUUUUUUCUUCUCUCUUUGUUCUUUUAAUUAAUUAAUUAAUUAAAUUACUAGCUUAAUUAAUUAAUUCAUAGCAACAAACUAAGCAAGAAAUAAUGAUAUUUAAGGUUAAAAGGAGAGAGAGGUUAAGAAAAGUGAAAGAGCAUGUAGAUAUAGAUAGACAGGUAGAUGGUAGAAGUUGUUGGCAUUAGUGGGAUUGGUAUUGGAUUCCUUAUUAUUAUUAUUUUCUUUUUGUGUUUGUUGGUCAAGUGUAUACUGAUGUACUCCACUACUGCUACUACUACUUGAUAUUCUCUUUUUUUUUUCUCUUUUUUAAUUUUUUUCUUUGGGGAUCAAAGCUGCCAAGCUGGAAUUGGUGGGAAGCCACCAACUAACCAGUUUCUCCCCUAGAUAUGUGUACUCUAUAUUGUAUUUAGUUUUUAUCUUGUUUUCAGAAAGAAAUAAGCUGGCAAUGAGUACAGCGCUUUAAUUGUAUUUGGAUCGAUUCAAAAUUAAGUGGUGGUGCUCAUCCUUCUAAAUUAAAUUACUGAUUUUUAUAUA